AUGGCAGGCGUGAGCAGCGUGGACCGUUGUGACGUCAUAGCCGCGGAUCGUGCCUUCUACACCGCGUCGUCCAUAUCCGAAGCGACGUCCUCGUCCGCAUUAUCAGUGCCGCACGUCACAUUCCUACGUACGUGGACGUGGCUGGGGUCUCCUGACAGCCUCUUCGCUCUACAGAGCGACCGGGUGCUCGUGGAGCUGUCGUGCAACAACCUCAUCUCGGCCAGCACGGGUGUGCCAUCAGUGCGCAGUCGCCGCCUCCUUCCGCCACGCACGGUGAUGCGGCUGACCAGCUGUGGUGCCGGAGUGGACGUGGGCGGCGCAGCAGGCGCGGAGAACUGGUGGCGCACCCCAUCGUCACCGGCUGAGGACCGCUCAAGUGGCUCUGUCACAGCCGCUGAUGGUGGUGGUGCUGCGGGGUUGUCAUGCGUGCAGUGGCCAGACGUGCUCCCGCUGUGGGGACGCAGUGCCACACUGAGCGGCGUCUUUGCCCUUCGCCUGCCGGCCAACCACAGUGAGGACCCGCACACCCUAAUCUUCUCCCGUCUCACAGGGCUUGCUCGACCUCUGCCCAUUGGAGGCAGCGCGGCUACGGGCGGAAGAGAGGCGGACGCUGAGGACGACACCACCGCAGGCAGUGGCGUCCUCCAUCUCUCACUGUUGGCAGACACCGACACCAUCAACAGUCACUGCAUCUGCGUGCGUCUGUGCAUAACCCCGCAGCCCUCCCUCACGUCUACAUCCACUGCUGCCCGGCCGGGUCUGCCGCUCCAUCAGGAGCAGGAGAGCGUGAACGUGAACGUUGCUCGGCUGCUGUGCGACUCCGCCAUGCCGGCGCCGUGUCGGCUCGAGCACGGCUUCUACUUUGUCGGCAGCCGGGCCGAGAGUGCCUACGUGGACUACCCCUUCCUCAUCGCCGGCCUUCUCUACCUCGAGGGCAUCGUCGAGGAUGCGGCGGGCAGCGAAUGUGCCGACCGCGCGGCGCGCCUACGUGCUGCCAUGAUAUGCCUGCCCGCAGACAAGCAUGCGCUGUGUUUUCUGUACGAGCUAGCGCGCCGAAGCCCAGAUGGUGACGGGCAGGGCAGCCUUGCUGGCGCCGCUGUCGCGCCCACCAGCGAGCUCAAGCAAGCCCUCUUGCAAGCGGUGCCGAACACGCAGGUCCAGCCACUGCCCAUUCCUCAGUUCGAUUUCGAGGUGUGCCAGUCGGCGUCUGCGACGCCCUCGAAGCAGCUACUGAGCUGCUCCUUCCAGCCAAGCAACGACGGCGUGGUCCCUUGUGUGUGGGGCCUGUGGGCACCACUACCAGAGGCGGCUUCAACGUCGACCACAAAGUCUGCAGCGACGGCGCCACCACCACAGCAGCAGCCGGUGCAGCUCACCAUGCAGGCGUACUACGUCGCCGCGGACACACAGGAACUGCGCUGGCGGCCGCCACAGCUGGUGCAUAUGGACAACCUGUUACUCGCAAACCCAUCCCAAGUCUUUGCCCUCAGCAGUGUCUUGACGGACACAGUAACUGGUGUCGCGUCGGCGUCCGCAGCAGCAGCAGUAACGCCGUACAAGUCCGUCGAAGACGUCCUCCUCGACGUCGGCCCCGCCGUGGUGGCGCGGUUGUUCCUGUACUACGCUGACCGCAAGGUGUUGGUACUCACCACGGUGGAGACAGUCAGUGGCGGGCACGGCGGCGCUGUCGGAGAGGAUCGCCAGUGCCUCUGCCUGGUGCCGCACGCCGCAGCGGAGAUGAACGGAUGGAAGGCAGACAGCACUGCCGAGUCCCUGAGCUGCUCCUUGCUGACGUCCGUGCAGCUGAGCGCGGUGACGGUGAGCAACCAUGAUGAUCCCGCGCUGCAGGUCGCAGUCGUGUCGCGCCGCUUCGGCGUGGCGUUAGCGACGUUCCCGCUGCCAGGACGCCGUGGGGUCGCACGCGUAUCAGCGUCGCUGCUGCCGGCGAAAGUGAGGCUGUGCCGCCGCUGGGAUGAGCUGCUGCGCGUGACGGCCGCGGUAAACAUCCAGGCGGAGCAGAGCGAAGGCAGUCGGUGCGACGCCACCUCCGACGGAGGAAGUGUGCCCAGCUCUGCGCCGGCAUCCCCACUGCGUGGGCGUGGUAGCGCGGCGUGCAACUCACCGCUACUGCGCCGGUAUAGGGCUUGGGUGGACACGUUCGCGCAUCCGGCGUUGACCUACGCCUCGGUGCCGCUAGCACUGUGGGUGUGGUCGCCGGCGUGGCCAGGGGAGAACGCGGUGAACUACGAGAACGCCACUUCGGCAGCGGCAGCAGCAAGCCCAGUGCUCCUUAUCCAGCGUGGGUGUGCGCUCUACGUGCUGCACGUCAGUGGUGCUGCCGUGCAGAUGUGCGCCUCCCUGCUGCACGGCGCGCCCUUGCAAGUGAUUCCACGCGCAUCUCCGACAUCGGUGGGCGGCACGGGCGAACUCCACCUCCAGUACGGCAACUAUCUCUGUCUCGUUGCGCACAACCAACUGCUGCGGCAGCUACAGCUGCAGUACGCCCGGUACAGCAGCCCGCGCACGCUCCAGCAGGUGGCUACAGCAUGCGAGGCGAAAUGGUUCAAGAAGCUUGUGCGGCAGGCAGAGUCUAGCACCGCCGCGCGACUGCGACCGAAGGAGCGGCCACAGCUGAUGGAUCGGCUGCGGAGCGUCUACGCCCCAGUCGCGAGUGAGCUCGCCUACGAGUCUCCCUCCUCCUCUUCUUCUGACGCUGCGAAGUCGAUGCAGAUGUGCGCGGCGCUGGAGCAGCUGACAGGCGCCGGCGCCACGCACGUUGCCGACGUGCUCGACGUUGACGUGACUCACUUGCUCCGCCUGGCGACACUCGCCCUAGCGGCGCUGGCGGCAAGUCAAGGCAUUCAGCAGCUCGUCUUCGAUGGAACGCUGGACGCCUCGCUUCGGCACAGCCUGCAGCGCAUCACGGCCGUCCUGGCGCGUGACAGCAGUGGAGGCGACGAGAAGCACGGCAACGAUGUAGCCAAGCCGAGGUCUCUGCCAGGCAGCUGGGCUGUGGCGGAGGCACUGGCUCGACUGCCGCUGGCCUGUGGAACCCGGGCGCUGUCCCAGGAAGCCGCGCACGCAGCCGCAAACGCCGGGGCGCGGUCUACUGCAGCGCGCAGACAUGUACCCGACUCGUCAUGGCGGUGUCGCGCGGCGGCGGUACGACGGUUGUGGUGGCUCGUGAUGCGCUCCAGCUCCCUCGUGCUAGCCAUGAAUGAGGAGCAAGCGGUCGAGGCGCAGCGGGAGUUGAGUCGCACCCUCGACGUCAUUCCUCUCAACUCUGUGCUCCUGCGGCCGAUGGCAGUGACUGCGGACGCCCCACCGCCGCCAAAGUUGCAUGGAGAUGACCAUGGCGAGGCAGAGGCAGGGGCGGUGGUGGACGCUGUGGCACAGGCACUCCUGCUGUGCCCACCGCAGCUUAUACCACACGGCGUGACGCAGCUUCUGCACCAACGCGACGGCGGUGACGUCUCUGCACCCCCACCGCAGCAGCAACAACGACGUCUCCGUGCUGCCCUGGUACCAGCGCUGGAAACUCUCGGCGCUAAUGGCGGCGAGGCCGGUUCUGACGGGACGUCGUCCCUCACCUCGCUCUUCUCGACUGGGUGCAUGGAUAGCGCGCACUGGACGCACGCGGUGUACUACACAAACCUGCUCGGUCAUCCGCGUCAUCUCGCGUUGCAGUGCAUCAAGAGCGCCGACGCCGCCGUGGAGGGCUCUGCGGCGGCGGUGCUCGAAGUCGCCACGCAGACCGUCGCGGCUCUGCUUGGUGCCGUGGCCGAUGUUCCGGCGGCGUCACGCUCGCGUAUGGCGACGGCUGUGGCGCAGAGCAUGAGCAAACGGCAGCAAGCGCUGCCGCGUUGCUUGGGGCCGCCUCGGAAAGCCGCCGGUCGCGGCGCUGGGGCAGCGGACGGGUCGCGGAUGAAGGAGGACGUGUACUUCCUCGAGCACAGCCCAGUUGAUCAGCUGCGGCACCACCUCUCCAAGGCGCAUUGGCGGGACUUGUAUGGCAACUUUGCCUACCCAACGCGCUACCUCUUCCGCUCUGCCGCGAGAGACAGCACAGCAAAGCCUGUAAAGUGCGCCGUCGUGGAAGCAGCACCGCCGCACUACAGUGCAGCUGAUCUGCCGUAUCAGCUCCUUUACAACUCGCGUAUCGCGGAAGUAGUGCAGCAGACACGCGCGCCACGACCAGUGUCGGCGCGUGUUCAGUGGCCGGCAAGGACGCGUGAAGAAGGUACUCCUGACAGAGCAGCCUGUUGCCAGUAG